AUGUCAAGUCGGCGACUUCAAAGUCAUAUUCGAGAAAUUGACUUCAUCGGAACAAUUGCGUGUUUAUACAACAAAGAAGAAACUUACGGCUAUAAUAAGAUUCGAGAGUUCUUCAAUACUGACAGAGACAAGCCACGAUUUUGGAUUCUUUUCAAUCUCAUCAUUUACCAUACUCAAGAUUCAAGAUUUAACCGAUUUGUUAUGAGAUUGUUUGAAAAGGUCUCUCCAUUUACAACUAAAGUUCCACCGAUAGUUUAUAUGCUUCUUGCUAAUUACUGUUUACUUUCUAACAGUUAUAAACAUGCUCUCAAUCAUUAUGAUGAAAUUUAUCGACGUUUUCAACAACCACUCGUUGCAAUGAUCCUUGCAAUUUUAUACGCUUUGAUUGCAAAUCAAAAGCAUUCAAAUCGAAAGCAAAAUCUUAUUGUGCAAGCGAUAAAUUAUAUGGCAUAUUUCUCAUUUUUUUUUCUUUCUAUAGUACUCCCUUGA